AUGGUUAACUCGGUGCAGGUGAUUCUGCGCUUAGCGUAUUGGUAUGGUAUUGCGGUGGGAGUAAUGAACCUCGAAGUGGAUUGGCCGACCGGAAAAGCUAUGACCACCCGACGGAUGACGAUAUUUUCAGCGGUGCAUAAUAUAAAUAUAAUCACCCUGCUUGCUAUGCUAAGUCUUAGCGAUAACAACUUGAAAACGACCUUAAGUAACGCUCGAUUAUUGCAUGAGUACUUCUUCCUCCUAAUCACGGUUGUGCGCAAUUGGGCAGUGAUGGUCUCUCUGGUCACUAGAUGGGUUCAACGAUGCAGAAUCCUCAGAUUGUGGAAUCGAAUAAUUGAAUUGGUUCGGGAAAGACCCGCUGUGGUUCUACAGUACCGCCGCCGGAUUAUUGUUAAAUUUGUAUUUUGUGUUUUAUCCGACUCCAUGCACACGAUUUUGGAACUAAAUGCUCAACGGAAAAAUAUCUCUUUUGGCUUGGUUGUAAACCUACUGAUGGGGGCCCUAUUUACCACCAUUUUCAACAUGAUCGUGGUUCAAUACUAUAUUGCCGUACUGCAAAUUCUUGGACUUUAUAGUGUGAUUCACAAAGAAUUGCGACUCUUAAUUAGAGAAGCUGAAGCCACAUGCUUAAUUCACAACCGUCGCGGAGGAGUUUUUGCAACAAAAUGCUGCUCCUUGGCAGAUCAACUGGAUAAUUUGGCUGAGACACAUUCUAAAUUGCAGGACACACUUGGCGAAAUGUCGCAGAUAUUUCAAAUACAAAGCUUUAGCAUGUGCGUGGUUUAUUAUCUCUCCACAAUGGGCACCAUAUACUUUUCCUUCUGUUCGAUUCUGUACAACACAACAGGAUUCGGUUCUACAAAUUGGGGACUUCUGCUGAUUGCUUUGUCCACAAUUUUCUUCUACGCGGAUAAUUGGAUCACCAUCAAUAUUGGAUUCCAUACUCGCGAUCACCAAAAUGAGGUAGUCAGUAUAUUGUCAGACCGCACUUUAUUCAGCCAGGAAUUGGAUAAACGACUGGAGACAGCGUUUGAGAACUUUCAAUUGCAGUUGGCACGCGACCCUUUUGAGUUCUAUGUUUUGGGACUAUUUAAAGUAGAACGCGGUCGAUUAAUGGCCAUGGCGAAUUCAAUUAUAAUUCAUUCUAUUCUUCUAGUUCAAUGGGAGCUUAAUCAUAAUUGA